UGCCUCGUCCUUCUGUCAGUGUUAACUGCUUGUGGGGAACAAAAAUGAAUCCUGAUAGCUAUUUAUCUGAACUUGCAAAAACACGCAAGUGUGUAUUAAUACAGAGCCCCCAAGAAGCGUGGAGGAAAACCCACAAUCAAUAAGUCUGAGUUUGUUCAGCUUGUAUAGUAGACAGCUCGCUAAGAGAGCAUUGCGGGAUAGCCUAGUUCCUCGAUAGCUUUUAACCAGACCCGCUAGCAACGUCGCAUACUAGCGAUUAGCUAUCAGCAAAUAGCAGUCAAUGACCAGGUAACGUUAUUAGUGCUUUGAACAUCCAUCUCGCGUUGUGUGACAUUGUAAGCACCAUGAACCUGCUACGCCUCGUGUGUCGCCACAAGACGGCCCUCGCCAUCGGAGGUCUGUGCAUGUUUGCCGUGGUCCUCCUCUUCCUUGCCAAGUGCACCUCAGAGACCCUAAAACGGGGGCAGGCGGACUCCCCCGGGCUGGCCCCCCAUGCCCACAGUGCCCUGCAGCCGCGCCCGGACAACCCUGACCCUCCCUCGCGCCCCAAAGAUCUGUCUGCCUUCCUGGUGGUUCUCAUCACCACCGGGCCCAAGUACACAGAGCGCAGGAGCAUUAUCCGCAGCACCUGGCUGUCCAGACACGACUCGGAGGUUCUGGCCAUGUUUGUGGUGGGAACUGAGGGCCUGUCUGCAGAAGAGCUGCAGAACCUGAACACGGAGCAGGGCCGACACAAGGACCUGCUGCUGCUGCCGGAGCUGAGAGACUCGUACGAGAACCUCACCCUCAAGCUGCUGCACAUGUACUCCUGGCUCGACCACCACGUGGACUUCAGGUUCGUCCUGAAGGCGGACGACGACACCUUCGCCCGCCUGGAUCUGCUGAAGGAGGAGCUGAAGGGCCGGGAGCCCAGCAGGCUGUACUGGGGCUUCUUCUCCGGUCGCGGCCGCGUCAAGACGGCGGGAAAGUGGCGUGAGAGCGCCUGGGAGCUGUGUGACUUCUACCUGCCGUACGCACUGGGCGGAGGGUACCUGCUGUCGGCCGACCUGGUCCACUACGUCCGCAUCAACGCCGCCUACCUGAAGAUCUGGCAGAGCGAGGACGUGUCUCUGGGGGUAUGGCUCGCCCCCGUGGAUGUGCGGCGGACCCACGACCCUCGUUUUGACACAGAGUACAAGUCCCGCGGCUGCAGCAACAAGUACCUGGUGACUCACAAGCAGAGUCUGGAGGACAUGCUGGAGAAGCAUCAGACCCUGCAGAGGGAUGGCCGUCUCUGCAGGGAGGAGGUCAAGCUCAGGCUCUCCUAUGUGUACGACUGGGGCGUGCCCCCCUCGCAGUGCUGCCAGAGGAAGGACGGGAUCCCCUGAGCCUCACCCACCCUUCACCUUGGUAGGUCUGUGACCCGGGCCCUACGUGCAGCCUGACCUCUAACCCUCACCCUGUCCCCUACAUGUCCUGUGGUGAAGGCGUCCUGUAAUCUCUUCCUCCAUCAGAGUUUGGGUUCAGAGUACGGCCUGAGUGUCCUCCAGUGUGUUGCCUAGAGUGUAGGACUGGACUUGGGCCUGGUCAUGCGUUUUCCCCAGACUGUGAAGUGAGAAGUGUUCUCUUCUGGUGUUCAACUCACAACCUUGUGUUCCUUUUUGACAUCCACCUUUGACCAUCAUUUUCAGUUGGCGUCUAUAGAUUCCAGGUUUGAAGAAAUGAGCAACCAAAUCAGAUUUUUUAAAUGUUUGUAAACGUGUCUAUUUAUUGAUUAUUUAUUUUGGACCUUUGACUACAACAUACUGGCACUGGAAUGAAAGAGUUACAUCCCGUACUAAGAACCUACCUGUAUCCAUCCUGCAUGCUCACAGGAACCUACUGAACAGGCUGGUGAGUGACGAGGGAUAGCUGCAGGUCUGGGUGUUGUGUAGCUGAACUGAAUGUGUAUCUAUGUUCAGGCCUAAUAUUGGCAGGAUUCCAGCGUGUUUUACAGUCUUUGUCUUGACAUUUACAAACAUGCGGUUAGUGUGUUGGAUUAACGUCGUACCAGAGUCCUGAGAUCUGGCAGUAUGUGAUUUGGUGCGCCCAGACGUGCCUGCCAGGGUGUUUACAGAGUUUUUACAACUUGUGUAUGGGUUGGAUGUGUGCACAAGUCCUAUUUACCCCUCCUGUGUCACUAAGGUUGUUUUAUAACAAGGACAAAGAAUAUGGAACUCAGUGUACCAACUGGCACUUGGACACUUUUCAAAAAGCCAUUUCAUAAAAGUAAAUCACAGAAUAUUUCAUGUUAAGCUUGUAAGUAUUUUCCCUGCAAUAUCUAUAUCCUAAAACAACAUCAUUUGUAGUAUGCUGGCAAGAUUUCAGCUGAUAAACAAAAAAAAUCCAUUCCAUUUCAGUUGUUUUGAAAGAGCUGUAUUUAGUGAUGGCUGAGGGGAACCAUCAGGGUUGCACACUGUCAGCCCUGUCAACCCUACUGAAUGUUUUAUUAAACUGUUUUCAAAAAGUGUAAAUGUUUUAUCU